UUUAUUGAUUGGAUUUUUUUUUCUCAUUCGAUUCUUUGAAUCAUCACCGCCGUUCACAUGUUUUUUUUUUCAAAUUCUUCAUUUUCGUUUUUUGUUUUUGUGAUUUUAUUCAAGAUUCAGCAUUAGUUGUUCCGGGCAGAAAAUGGAAGAAAAAGAAGCUAAAAAUCCAACCGAUAUAAUAUAUGGUCGAUUAGGUUCAGAUUUAUCAUGUCAAUCUGAUGAUGAAAUGAAUGAAUUAAAACCAGUCGAAGUUAUUGUUGAAAAAAUGGAUAAUAUUUUAAAUGUAAUCUAUCAGAAUAUGAUGGUUGGUGAACAUUUUACUGAUAUUUCAAAAUUGAACGUAGACAAUUCAUUCAUCUUGAUUUCUAAUCACAUUCAUCCAUCAAUGCGUUCAAGUUUCGUUACCAAAUUCAACCGAUACGAAGAUAUUCCCAAUAAUGUUUCAAAUUAUCUAAAUCCUCAUCAUGGUCUUGCAAAUAGUCUUGCCAUUCGUAAUCAAUCAGAAGAUUCAUCAACCAGAAUUUUUGUCGGAUUCGAUUCUGGUCAUAUUUUAAUGUUUGAUCCAAAACUUUCUUUACUAUCGACUAAACAAUUUGGUCAUAAUAUUAUUACAAAAAUUGCUUUAAGCCCUCAACAAAAACAAGAACGUCUUGUUUGUGGUGAUCAAGAUGGUCGAUUAGUUUUAAUAGAUAUUGAUAAAGAUAUGGAAUCUAUUAGUUAUUAUGAUAAUGCUCAUUCUGAUCCAAUCAAUGAUCUAGUAUUUUGUUCGAAUGGUUGUGAUAAUAAAAUCAUAACAGCAGGUGGAGAUCAUUCAAUAUUAUUAUGGGAUUUUCGAAUUUCACGUACUGAUCGACCAGCUUUAACCAUAGCACAAGUUAAUAGCCAACCUACAGCAUUGGAUUGGCCAACCGAACAUGAAUUAACAUUUGGAACUGAAGCAGGUAAUCUGGUUCGUUUAGACCUACGAAAUUCGGAUAAAGUUCUACAAAAACUUAGUUUAUUCAACAAUCAAGAUGAAUUGGAUAUGAAUGUUGUACAAAUUCGUCCCGUACGACAAAAUCUUAUUUGUGUUUUAACAGCACAUCAACAUUGGCUUUUUGAACGUCAAAAUCUGGAUAAAAUAAUUGAUAAUUAUUCCGAAUAUUCGGAACGUGUUCAUCUAAAAAGUUGUCUUGCAAUUGAUGAUACAGAUUUAUUAAUAAUUGGAAAUAAUUUUAAUUGUUUUCGUUAUCCAAAAAUUUUGUUGUAA